AUGGAUUUUAAGGAGGCUGUGAGGGAGUAUUGCAUCCAGGAAGGUAGGAGAGUUAGAUUCAAGAAACAUGAUAAAGUACGAUGCAGGGCUUUAUGUAAGGUUGAGGACUGUCUAUGGGUUAUCUAUGCCUCUAUGGAUAGUGAGAGUGUUUGCUGGCAAGUUAAAACCUUCAAUGAUGAUCAUACCUGCCCAAGGGAGAUAAAAAAUAGAUUAGCUAACAGAGAGUGGUUAGCUAGCAAGUUGGUCAAGAAGCUUAGGAAAUUUCCGAAUCUGAAGCACUCUGAAGCUUUAACAUACUUUAAAAGUAAAUAUGACUUGGAGUUGAACAAAUCUUCCCUAACAAGAGCACUCGGAGAUGUAAGGCACAUUGUGUAUGGUGAUGCUGCUGCACAAUAUGGGAUGGUGAGAGAUUAUGGUGAGACUCUCCUGAAGUGCAACCCUGGUUCUACUAUGCGCAUCGCCACAAUUCCUCAUCCAAACCACUCAGAAGAGCCCACUUUUGACAAGAUGUACAUUUGUCUCGAUGGAUGCAUGAAGGGGUUUAAGGCAGGAUGCAGACCUUUAAUUGGGCUUGACGGAGCAUUCCUGAAAACCAGAUUUGGUGGACAAAUAUUGGCAGCCAUUGGACAAGACGCCAAUAAUCAUAUUUACGUAAUUGCAUAUGCCAUUGUACCAGUGGAGAACACAGAUAAUUGGAGGUGGUUCCUUGAGCUGCUGCAUGAUGAUCUAGGAAUCUAUACCCAAAAUGGAUGUUGUUUCAUUUCGAACAUGCAAAAGGGACUAAUCACAGCUGUCCAGGAGGUCUUCCCUGGUGUCCACCACAGAUUUUGUGUUUGGCACUUGUGGAGAAACUUCAAUAAGCAGUGGAAAGACAACGAAUUCAGAGGAUUACUGUGGGAGUGUGCAAGAUCUACCACUCAAGAGGGAUUCAUUGAGGGGAUGAUGAAAAUUCAGAGAGCUAAGAAGGAAGCCUGGGAGUACCUUGCCAAAUGGCGAAGAGAUGCAUGGAGUCGGGCCUUCUUCCCUACCCAACCAAAAUGUGACAACAUAUGUAACAAUGUUUGCGAAGUAUUCAAUGCAAGAAUCAAGGAAGCAAGGGCUAAACCAAUUAUCACACUACUCGAGGAAGUUAGAAUGUAUAUCAUGAGGACAAUAGCCCGAAACAAAAUGAAAUUCAAGAACCAUGUUGGGUUACUACCCCCUAUUCAACGUAGUCGCUUGGAAAAGAUUAGGAAUGCUUCAAAGAAUUGGCUGCCAAUGUGGUCCGGAGAUGCGGACUAUGAACAAUUCGAGGUACAUAGGUGGCCGACAAACAUGGUAGUGGACUUGGGAAAGGCAAUAUGCACCUGUGGACUUUGGCAACUAAGUGGGAUGCCCUGUGUCCAUGCUUGUGCUGCAAUGGCUAGGGCAGGCAGGCAGCCCGAAGACUUCUGUCAUAGAUGGUUGACAAUGGAUGCAUACAAUGACACCUAUGCAUUCCAUAUCAAUCCUAUUCCUGGCCAGAAACUAUGGGAGAAGUCUCUUCACAAUAGACCACAAGCACCCAAAUUUAAGAAGAUGCCAGGGGCACCCAAGAAGAAAAGAAGAAAGGGAGUUGAUGAAGGCCCGGUUGGAGACAAGAAGCAGAAGAUCACCAAGAUGAAGAGGGUAUAUAAAGAGGGUUCAUGCCGUCAUUGUGAUGGCAAGGGUCACGACAAGAGAAAUUGUGCUAAGAAGAAGGCUGACGACGAGGCUGCAGUUGUGGCAACUGCGGCAGCUGCUGCUAGUGAAGCUAAUACAGGAAAUCAGCAACAACCUCUCCCUGUUGCACCUGAAGUCCCAAAUGAGGGCAAUGCUAUUGAGAUUGAGGUUGGCAUGAGUCAACCAAUGGUGUCAGAAAAUGAAAAUGAAGCAUCCCACCAGGUAAAUCAGCCCCAGGCAAGGCCACCAAAUCUCCCUCAAAAAAGAAAACAACCUCCACCACCUGCAACAGCUUCGAUUCCUUUAGCAGCAACCCGUGCUCCUCCUCCAACUGUUUCAAAUGCUCCUCCGACAAGUGCUUCUAUCGAUCCAAUGGUUGGUGCAUCAGCAACUACAGCUUCAAGGUUGCGUAACGUCAUGCAUUUUGUUCCAACUCCGGGGUUCAAACCCCCAAGAAAAUUCAACAAAUGA